AAGAUAAUCGCAAAGUAACAAGAUUCCCGGGGCCGAUAAUGGGGCAGCACCCAUCGAGACGCACGGAGAUCGACCUGGAGGCAUUACCUCCACCUCCAUUCUGCGCUCCCUCGCGGUACUCCCCUCACAGAUUUGAUAAAAACAGCGUGUCCAUGGCCGAGGGACUUCCAGGUGACGUUCACAACGCACCGCCAAACUGCCUCAGCUCAGACACCGAAUUUACCGACAAAGCCUCUGAACGAGACUUCAGACGGCCGUCCAUCUACAGCACCAUAGACGCUGUACCGCAGCUGGAUUUCUACGCCAACUCGUUGGCGGGGCGGAAUCGACGGAAAAGGCCUUCUCUGGAUAUCCUUCGGAGAUCGUUUGAGGUAAGACUUAUAAACAACACAACACCCGCAGGUCCCCCGUCUGUAUCAAUACCUACAGAGUACAGCAUCAAACAGGAAACGGAGGCCUGGAUCCUGAUAGCGUGGGCCCCCAUCAAACCACCUGUGCGCUUUGGCUGGGUGCUCGGAGUGCAGGUUCGAUGCAUGCUGAAUAUCUGGGGGGUCAUCCUCUUCCUGCGCCUGUCGUGGAUCACCUCUCAGGCGGGCAUCCUGCUCACGUGGCUCAUCAUCCUCAUGUCGGUCGUCGUGACCUCGAUAACCGCUCUCUCCGUCUCCGCCAUCUCCACCAAUGGGAGAGUCAUAUCAGGGGGCGCCUACUUCGUGAUCUCUCGCACGCUUGGUCCGGAGAUGGGAGGUCCUAUUGGAAUGGUGUUUUCCUUCGCCAACGCCCUCGCCUGCGCUCUGAACACUGUCGGCUUUGCAGAAGUGGUCCGUGACCUGCUUAAGGAGUAUAACGCGACCAUAGUGGAUGACAUCAACGACGUCCGCAUCAUAGGUGUGAUCACCGUGACGAUGCUUCUGCUCAUCUCAUUCGCUGGCAUGGAGUGGGAGGCGAAGACUCAGCUGCUGUUCUUCCUGGUUCUGAUGGUGUCCUUCGCCAACUACAUUGUUGGCACGGUGAUCCCAGCCCCCGUAGAGAAACAGGCAGUUGGGUUCUUCAGCUACCGAAGUGAGAUCUUCCUGGCCAACCUGCUGCCAGACUGGAGAGGACCAGACGGCAGCUUCUUCAGUAUGUUCGCCAUCUUCUUCCCCUCUGCCAUCGGCAUCCUGGCCGGGGUCAACAUCUCUGGAGACCUGAAGGAUCCGGCCUCCGCCAUUCCCAAGGGCACGCUGACAGCCAUAUUCGGGACCACAAUCAGCUACCUGGUCAUCUCUGCCACCGCUGCAUCAUGCGUGGUGCGGGACGCCUCUGGAAACCUGAACGACAGUUUGCCGGCGAACUUCUCGGAGCCGUGUGAGGGCCUGGGCUGCAAGCUGGGCUGGAACUUCACCUACUGUGAGGAGUCACACAACUGCUCCUACGGGCUGGCCAACAGCUUCAAGAUUCUAAGCCUGGCUUCCGGGUUUGGACACCUCAUCACCGCAGGCGUGUUUGCUGCCAGCCUAUCAUCCGCCCUCGCCUUCUUAGUCUCCGCUCCCAAGGUCUUCCAGUGUCUAUGCAGGGACAACAUUUACCCCUACAUCGGGUUCUUUGGAAAGGGUUAUGGGAAGAACGACGAACCCUAUCGAGCCUAUUUGCUCUGCUACAUCAUCGCAGUGGCCUUCAUUUCAAUUGCCGAGCUGAACUUCAUAGCAGCUCUCAUCUCCAACUUCUUCCUCUGCUCCUACGCUCUCAUCAACUUCUCCUGCUUCCACGCUUCCAUCAUGAACUCUCCAGGCUGGAGGCCGUCGUUCCGCUUCUACAACAAGUGGACGGCCCUGUUCGGAGCCACCGUCUCCGUGGUGCUGAUGUUCCUGCUCACCUGGUGGGCGGCUCUGGUCACCUUCUGCAUCAUCUUCUUCCUGCUGGGUUACGUCACCUACAGCAAGCCAGAGCUGAACUGGGGCUCCUCCGUCCAGGCUGGGACCUACAACAUGGCUCUGUCCUACUCCGUGUCUCUGUCAGGAGUGGAGGACCACGUCAAGAACUUCAGACCCCAGUGCCUGGUGCUCACGGGGCCCCCCAACCUGCGUCCGGCCCUGGUGGACUUAGUUGGGGCCUUCACCAAGAACGUCAGCCUGAUGAUCUGUGGAGACAUCCUGCUGGAGGAGGAAAGGUAUGUCCUGCGCAACGCAGACAGCUUGGUGAAAUGGCUGAACAAGAGGAAGGUGCGCUCGUUUUAUGCCCCCUGCACAGGAAACAGCCUUCGGGAGGGAGUGAGGCAACUGCUGCAGUCGUCUGGUUUGGGCAAGCUGAAACCGAACACACUCUUUUUGGGGUUUAAGGCCAACUGGAGGGAAUGUGACUCAGAGAAGCUGGAGGAUUACGUCAACACCAUCCAUGACACGUUUGACUGUAACCACGGCGUGUGCAUUCUAAGGAUGAUGGACGGCUUAGACGUUUCAGAGGAGCUGGAAUGUGAAGUGAACCCAGGCUUUGAGCCCGAGGACAACAUGGAACAGGACCAGAGUCCGAAGGACCAGCAGGAGAAUGUUCCAGAAGAGCAGAAGAGAACAGUGUUCCAGAACAAACAAGGGAAGAAGACCAUCGACGUGUACUGGAUCUCUGAUGACGGAGGUCUAACCCUGCUGGUGCCUUACCUGUUGACCAGGAGACGGCGCUGGCGCCAGUGCAAGGUCCGAGUGUUCAUCGUGGGCCACCAGUACAAUAUGGAGGAGGAUCGGAAGGAGAUGAUCUCUCUGCUGAAGAGGUUUCGCCUGGAUGUGCAUGAUGUCAUCGUGAUGACAGACAGCGAGAAGCCGCCCAACCCCAAAAACCUCGAGCGCUUCGAGGACACUAUCGCCCCUUUCAGGUUGAGGGAUGCACAGCAUCCUGAUGUCUCUCUACAGCAGCUGAAGAAAGACUGUCCCUGGAAGAUCUCUGACAAAGAGCUGGAGGCCCUCAGACUGAAGUCGGAGAGGAAGGUGCAUCUGAAUGAGAUCAUCCGCAGGAACUCUCAAAACUCCGCUCUGGUCCUGGUGAGCCUGCCCGUCCCCCAGACAGACUGCCCCGGGGCUCUGUACAUGGCCUGGCUGGACGUGCUGACCAGUGGUCUCCACUGCCCCACCGUGCUCAUACGAGGGAACCAGCAGAACGUCCUCACGUUCUACUGCCAGUAGAACAUCCUCACAUUCUACUGCCAGUAGAACAGUCUCCAAGAGAACCGGACGUGUAACUGGUGACUAGCGACCGAAAUAGCUAUCCUUUACUGGUGAUUAGCAACGUAAUUAGCUCUUCUUUACUUGUGAUUUGUGACUCAAUUAGCUAUUCUUUACGAGUGACUGGUGACUAGUGACAUGGCUAGCUAGUUACUAAACUGUGCUUGGUUGUCAUUCUCCUACCAUCCUCAUUCCAGGGAACCAAGAAAGCAUUCUCACAUUCUACUGACAGGACACAUGCAACUUUCUCAUUUCAAAUAAUUCAAUUAACAAGUAAUCUUUUUGACUUGCAUUAUUAUUAUGCCAAUAAAGUAGUGAUUGCGAACUAAUAGAUCAGUUAACAUAAUUUGUCCAUGGAGACACCGUGUGUGACGAUACCAGAUGUCGUAGCUGUGAAAAGGUGUGACCCAAUCCCACUGUGAUGACAGUCUAACCAGUUUCACCAGAAACUAACAACUCCACUGAUCCUUACAGUUGUUGACAGGUGUUUGUUGUCAUGUCGACCAAAAUGGUUGUUGCCAUGAGUAGUUACUGUACGUACAGUUUUCAGUUUUAUUGUAAACGUGGUGUGUCUAACCUUUUAAUCUGUGUACCCCAAAUUAUAGUUUAUAUACUAUGCUACAAUGUACUUCAUACAAUUAAAGAUGCUUAUUUUUAUGAGGUGAAUGUAUUAAUUUAAGGUUGUGCUCUGCAGUCAUGUACCUUAUGUGCUUAUACCUGCUGGACAAUCAAUGAUCUAAUGUUGUAUGCAUUCCUUAUCACCAAUGAUUUGUAUUUUUCACAUUGAAAAGGUAGACUAGAGAGUGUGACGUCAACACAUUGGUUUCACUUUCCGUCUAAUCUGACUUGCACUUUCUUUGUUGAUGUGAUUAAAUGAAUCAAAGCCUUGUGUUGUAUUGGAAUAUACUGUAUAAUAAAUAAAUACAUAAGAGUGCUGCUAUA